AGCAAGCGGAGCUGGACACCCACAUAUAAUGAGCUUCUGGGCAGGAAGGGGAGGAAAUCUUCCCAGGGGGUGGAUUAUAGGGGAAUGAGAAGAGGAGAUCAAAGACGACUCCACAAAGGUGGGCUUUGAAGGCUGAAUAGGAGUUCUCUAGGUGGAGAAGGCAAGGUAUGAUACACUAGGUAGAGAGAAAGCAUGUGCAAUCCUGGAGGCAUAAAGAAGCAUGAGUAUACCAAGAGCUACCUUUAAUAAGAAUAGCUAAAAACGUAUCGAGCUUCAGUCCAUUCUGAGUAUCUGACAUAUAUUAUCAUAUCUAAUUUUCACAAUGCCUUCCUGGGCAUGACAAGGAAACGGGCACUCUGAGAGGUUCAAGAGCUCUCUCCAGGCCAUGCUGGACUCCACUGCCAGUGGCUUGGUUUCAAGCUGGAGGGUGAGCAGUGGGAGCUGGGGCUGCAGGUUAGUAGGGCCCUGGGUGGAAAGAUGGGGGUCAGAUAGGACAGAGAUGAAUGGCAGGAUCCCAGGCCCCAGAGCUGGUGCCUCAAUCUCCGGCGGUGCAGGGCCCAUGCCAGCGGAGGCCUACAGCAGGAAGGGCCCAGCCACAUGGCCUUGGCAGGCAAGCAUCUUCCUGGACACCAGGUACCGCUGCGAGGGAGCCCUCAUCUCCCCAGAGUGGGUGCUCACAGGCGCCAGCUGCUUUGGCAGCUGGCCUUCGUCCCUCUUCAGUGUGACCCUGGGCCCAAAUCGGCUGGCACUGGAUGCUUGCGAGAGCACGUCCAGCGUGGAGGAGCUGCUCCUGUCCCCAGGAGGGCCCGAGGGCUCUGGGCCUGGUGGCCUGGCCCUGGCCCGGCUGGAAAGGCCACCAUCUCUCAGCAGUGCAGUGCAGCCUGUCUCUCUGGCCACUGGCCCCCAGCCUUCCCCCUGGCCGCAGCUCUGCUGGGCCCAGGGGUUUGAUCUUGAUUUUGAUCCCUACAUCCCACCGAAAGAGCUGCACAGUGUCCCGCUGAAACCGCUGGAUGUCAGCUCCUGCAAAGAUGCCUUUCGCCUCCAACCUGACUGUCCCGACCUGAAGGUCAGCCUGCCCAAGGGCUCCCAGUGCACCAGGCUCCCCUACAGCUACUCCAAACUGGUGGUGUCUGAUGGGGCCCCCCUGGUCUGUUCCCAGGGCAGAAACUGGUUGCUGCAGGGUGUGAUGACCUGGAGUCCCUGCUUGGGGACCCGCCUCCCUGAAGUCUACAUGCCUGUGUAUCCCUUCCGUUCCUGGAUCAGAGAGAAGGUCUCUAACGCCACCUUCUACACCUUGGCUAAGAAGUGCCCUCUGAUCUUGCCCAAGACCAGGAAGAGGAGGCAGUGAGCCUCUGGAGUCCUGGGUUUGAAUCCUGGCUCAGUUACUCACCUGCUGCUGUGACUGAGUCCCAGUCACCUCCCCUCUCUGAGUCUGCUUCCCUUUUUGUGUAGUGAAGGUAUAUUCAAUCAUUCACUCACUCAACAAGCCGUUACCACUGCUUACGAUGCGCCAGGCAACCAGGACUCCAGAUCAGCGCGGCCCCUGUGCUCAUGGAGGCUAGAUAUGGCAAUAAUAAAUACGCAAAUACGAACCG